AAUAAUAUAUGAUAACUGCAAUUUAUUGUUAGUCUACACAAUAAAUUGUGAAAAAUUAGGACCCAAAAAUUUCCCAUUGUUUAUUUUCUCUAAAAUAGUUCAAUGGCCUCUCAUAUGCUACAACAUAUUUUGUUGUAUCUAUCCAUUUUAAUUGGAUGUUGCUCGGCACGUAAAGAGAGUUUUGUUGAGUGUGUAUCGAACCAAUCUUCUUCGGUCGAUACUAAAAUCUCCCUAUACAUCUAUACGCCUCAUUGCCCAUCAUAUUCCAAUCUCUUGAACUCUUCGAUGCACAAUCCAAGAUGGAUAAAUUCUGUUAAUCAAAGGCCCAAAUUCAUCGUCACCCCAACUAACAACGACCAAAUCAAAGCCGCCAUAACAUGCGCCCGGGCCCACGGCUUCGGAAUCAGGGUCCUAAGCGGGGGCCACGACUACGAGGGCCUGUCCUUUAGGUCAAAGAGCCGGUUCGUGCUCGUUGACCUAGUCAACCUCAAUUCCAUCACUAUCAAUAUGGACGACGAGACGGCCUGGGUCCAGGCUGGGGCCACAAUUGGCGAAUUGUACUACAACAUUGCCAACAAGAGCAACACCCACGCCUUCCCUGCUGGCUUAUACCCCAGCGUGGGCGUGGGGGGCCACUUUAGCGGCGGCGGCAUUGGGACGCUAAUGCGCAAAUACGGCCUAGCGUCCGACAACAUCCUGGACGCAAAAAUCAUGAAUGUGGAUGGCGAGGUCUUGGACCGGGAAUCGAUGGGCGAGGAUCUUUUCUGGGCCAUUCGAGGCGGGGGCGGGGCCAGCUUCGGCGUGAUACUUGCGUGGCGGAUCCGGCUUGUCCGAGUUCCUCCCGUGACGACGGUUUUUACCGUGAGGAAAGACCUAGAUGAUGCGGGGAUCGAGGUCGUCGACAAGUGGCAGAAAAUAGCACACAAGCUACCAAAUGAUCUAUUCAUUCGAGUUCUUCUCCAAAACAUAGCCGGAAAGAACACCCCAAAACCUAAAUUCGCACGUGCCAAUUUCAAUUCCCUAUUUCUCGGAAAUGCAAAAGAUUUGUUAGCAUUGGUGGAAACAGUAUUCCCAGAAUUAGGGUUACAAGAGGCAGAUUGCAAGGAGAUGAGCUGGAUCAACACAACACUCUACUUCCCUGGAAAAACAGACCAACCCUAUGAGGCUCUCCUCGAUAGGGCUGCGAAGGCAACCGGCGGCGGCAACAAGGGGAAGUCGGACUUCGCCACGAGAGCUAUCCCGAAAUCCGCAUACCACGGGAUCAACCAGCUGCUAUUGAAGGAGGACUUAGCGUUCGUGAUCAUGGAUCCUUUUGGCGGGAAAAUAGACGAGAUUGGGGAAAAUGAGACAGCAUUUCCUCAUAGGAAGGGGAAUUUGUUCAAUUUGCAGUAUUUGAAUAUAUGGGGUGAGGGGGAAGGGGAGAAGAAGCAUUUGGAGUGGAGUAGAGAGGUGUAUGAGUUCAUGGAGCCUUACGUUUCGUCGUCGCCGCGAGGGGCUUACUUGAAUUAUAGGGAUCUUGAUUUAGGGUUUCAGAAGAGGGGAGAACAAAACUACUCGCGAGCUAGGGUUUGGGGAGAGAGGUAUUUUAAGGGGAAUUUUGAGAGAUUGGCUAAGGUCAAGAAGAGGGUUGAUCCAGAUAAUUUCUUUGGGGAUGAGCAAAGUGUGCCUCCAAUUUCUUGA